AGUCCAUUGUUCCAUUCAGUUCAGUGUUAGCCGUGCUUUGGAACGGCAAAAAUUGUUUGAGAAGAUACCUACAAGAAACAGCAGUGGUACACAGUUAUAUCGGGAUAAGGAAUUCCAUAUAACACAUUGGGAUUAACAGUGCAAAAGGAUAAUUGUGCAAAGUGAAAAAAGAAAAUGUCGGCUGCCACGGAAACAGUGCAAGAGGCCAUUACACAGGCAUCGGCCAGCGGUGGCUUGGGUGCCUUGUGGACCUCAUUGAUUGGUGUGGUGGUGAUUGCAGCCUUGUACGAGUACUGGCGUCGCAGCUCGCGUGAAUAUCGCAUGACCAAGAAUAUACCCAGUCCGCCAGAGGUACCCGUUUUGGGUAAUGCGCAUUUGGUGUUCGGCUGUUCGAAUGCAGAGGUUGUGGCCAAGGGUAAUGCCUACUUGGAACAGUUAGGUGAAACAUUGCGUGCUACGUUAGGUCAUGUGCUGGUGAUAUUCCUCACCAACCCCAAUGAUAUUGAGAUCAUUUUGAGCAGCAAUAAUCAUUUGGAUAAAUCGGAAGAGUACCGUUACUUUAAACCAUGGUUCGGUGAUGGUUUGCUUAUUAGCAGCGGCAGUCACUGGCGUCACCAUCGCAAAAUGAUUGCGCCGACAUUCCAUCAGAGCAUUUUGAAGAGUUUCGUACCAACUUUUGUGCAACACUCCAAAAAUGUUGUGGAACGCAUGGCUAAGGAGGUGGGUAAAGAAUUCGACAUACACGAUUAUAUGUCACAAACAACUGUGGAGAUUUUGCUCAGCACCGCUAUGGGUGUGAAGAAGGUACCGGAAGGUAAUAAGAGUUUCGAGUAUGCCAAGGCCGUCGUAGAUAUGUGCGAUAUCAUACACAAGCGACAAGUGAAAGUGUUGUAUCGUUUGGAUUCCAUCUACAACAUGACGAAAAUGCGUCAAAAGGGCGAUAAGAUGAUGAACAUUAUCUUGGGCAUGACCAAGCGUGUCGUUAUGGAUCGCAAGGCAAACUACAAUGCGGAGGGUAAUGCUAUUGUUGAAGAGAUCGAUGAUUCGGCAAAGAAAGCAGCCGCUAAGAAGGUCGGUGGACUGCGUGACGAUUUGGAUGAUAUCGAUGAGAAUGAUGUGGGCGCUAAACGUCGCCUAGCGCUGUUGGACGCUAUGGUAGAAAUGGCUAAGAACCCCGAGAUCGAGUGGAACGAGAAAGAUAUUAUGGAUGAGGUGAACACAAUUAUGUUUGAGGGACACGAUACCACUUCCGCGGGUUCUAGUUUCGCGCUCUGCAUGAUGGGCAUGCACAAAGAUGUGCAAGAGAAGGUCUUAGCAGAGCAAAAAGCUAUCUUUGGUGAUAAUUUCUUGCGUGACUGCACCUUCAACGAUACCAUGGAGAUGAAAUAUUUGGAACGUGUCAUUAUGGAAACGCUACGUAUGUACCCACCAGUGCCGUUGAUUGCGCGUCGCGUCGACAGCGAUGUGAAAUUGGCAUCUGGGCCGUAUGUUGUGCCAAAGGGCACCACUGUGGUGGUACUGCAAUAUCGCGUACACCGACGUCCCGACAUUUAUGCCAAUCCUGACAAGUUCGAUCCCGACAACUUCUUGCCCGAACGCAUGGCCAAACGUCACUAUUACAGUUUCAUUCCAUUCAGCGCCGGUCCACGUAGUUGUGUUGGUCGUAAGUAUGCCAUGUUGAAGCUGAAGGUGUUGCUCUCCACCAUCAUUCGUAAUUACACGAUACACUGCAAUGAGACCGAGGCCGAUUGGAAGUUGCAAGCCGAUAUUAUUUUGAAACUGGAAAAUGGUUUCAAUGUAGUGCUGCAGAAACGUCAACCGGAAACGACACGACAGAGUUUUGAAUGGAACGUACCGGACGAGGUGAAACCCAAUAACUCGCCCAUGAAGGAGUCAACAGUAAAGCCAAUGUUGAUUUGUUUUUAUGAUUCCAAGGGUAUUUGUAGCAAUAUUAAGUCUAGGCAAACAGUUCUUUGCAGCAGAAGCAGAAGUGCAGUAGCUAAGCGUACUAUGGACUACACAAACGCAACCGCAACACAACAUAUUACCGGAGCAAAGGCGUACAUCCUGACGAGUCCUUUCUAUAUAAGUUUGAUCGGUGCAUUGCUGGCAUUAGCGCUCUAUGAUAUUUGGUUUCGUAAUACCGAUGCUUAUAAGAAGCUGAAAGGUAUACCGGGACCGCCGGUGCUGCCCUUGAUUGGCAAUGCACAUUUAAUAUUGGGCCUUACGCCCGCAGAAAUGGUGCAGAAAGCAAUACAAUACUUCCAUUACUAUGGCGAGACCAUUAGCGGUUGCUUCUUCAAUUUGAUGGUAGUCUUUCUGACAAAUCCCGCCGACUUUGAAAUCAUACUCAACAGCUCCGUACAUUUGGAAAAGUCCAAUGAGUAUAGAUUCUUUCAGCCUUGGUUCGGUAAUGGUCUACUCAUCAGCAAGGGCGAUCAUUGGCGCCUACAUCGCAAAAUGAUAGCGCCCACCUUUCAUCAGAGCAUAUUGAAGAGCUUUGUGCCGGCAUUUGUGCAGCACUCGAAAAAAAUCGCCAAUCGAUUAGAGGCAAAAUACUUGGGACGUGAGUUCGAUGUGCACGAGCAUAUGAGUCAGACUACGGUGGAGAUACUGCUUAGCACUGCGAUGGGCAUGAGACAGUUACCCGCUGGCAGGGAAUGUGCUCGCUAUGCAGAGGCAGUGCUAGAAAUGUGCGAUAUCAUACAGAAACGCCAGGUCAAGGCGCAUUAUCGUUUCGAUUUCGUUUAUCAAUGGACGCAACUGCGCAAGCGUUGUGAUAAAAUGAUGAGCAUUAUUUUAGCAUUAACGAGGCGUGUCAUCGCAGAGCGGCGUGAACUUUUCAAUUUGGAAACAGAUGGCGUAUUGGAUCAACAGGAUGAGCUAAAUGAGCGCGCAAAUGGUAGGGAGAAGGAAGGACUGCGUGACGAUUUGGAUGAAAUCGAUGAAGAGAGUGAUGUGGGUGCUAAACGUCGUUUGGCUUUCUUAGAUGCGAUGGUGGAGAUGACAAAGAAUCCGGAUAUUGCGUGGACAGAGAAGGAUGUGAUGGAUGAAGUGAAUACGAUUAUGUUUGAGGGUCACGACACCACCUCAGCCGGUUCCAGUUUUGUGCUAUCGCUGCUCGGUAUACAUAAAGAUGUGCAAGCACGAGUUUACGAGGAGCAAAAACAAAUAUUCGCCGAUGACCUGGGGCGUGAUUGCACCUUUGCCGAUACACUGGAAAUGCAGUAUUUGGAACGGGUGAUUAAAGAAACGCUACGUCUCUACCCACCAGUACCGGUAAUCGGGCGUAAAGUUAAUGAAGAUGUACGACUUGCAUCCGGCCCAUACACAAUACCGAAGGGUACGACAGUUGUGCUGGCCAACUAUGCUGUGCAUCGGCGUCCCGAUUGCUAUGAGAAUCCGGACAAAUUCGAUCCGGAUAACUUUUUGCCGGAAAAAGUAUCGAAACGCCAUUACUACAGUUAUGUGCCGUUCAGUGCGGGUCCACGCAGUUGUGUAGGACGUAAAUAUGCCAUGUUAAUGUUGAAAGUUUUACUCUCGACGUUGGUGCGUAAAUUUGAAAUACACUCGAAUGUGGAUGAGAAACAAUUUGUAUUGCAAGGUGAUAUCAUUUUGAAAUUGGCUAAUGGUUUCAAGGUUGUGCUGACCAGACGUGAGGUGUGAGGAGCGCCGCUAAACGGAAUGUUUUAAUUUAUUGCCAACUUUAUAAAUAAUCAUGUCAACCUUAGUUGUCUUUGAAUUGUAUAUAAAUAUGGUUUGCAUUUUUUAGUGGUCUAUACGCAA